ACAAGUGAACUCGGCACCUGGUGAAUUUGGCACCUGCGUAAAUAGUGAAGUCGGCACCUGGUAAACUCGGCACCUGGUAAACUCGGCAUCAGGAAUCUGGUGAACUCGGCACCUGGAUAUUUUUUUCUUAUCAUAACUUUAAAUAAACAUAGAAGAAAUACAAAACCUCGUUAUUUUUUUAUCAUAACUCAGAUUAUAAAAAAAAAAACAUCGAAGAAACACAAAACCAUUAUGCAAUUGUGACAAAUAAAAAUUUCACGUAUUCCGUGAAUAGAAGCAGUUAAAAACAACUAACUACAAAGAGGAUAUAUAUGAUUAAUAUAAUAAUUGAAUAUAAAAACGAAGAAAUAAGGUAGAUUUGUAAGCAUAUUAAUUUAUUUCCUAUAUAUACAACAGUAAUAUAAUUACGUAUACACAACAUCAAAGGUACUGUACUUAAGCAUGUGUUAUCCAGUGUGUACCUUGUUUUAAUUGCUAAAACAACAAGAUGACAGCGGGGUAUUCCUAGUAUACAUGGAAGGGGCUACCAGGUGCUAUUAGACGGUGUAUUACCCGUACACAUAGAAGGGGUGAGGUACUAAUUAUGAGGAGGUUAAUGAAGAGACCUUGUCAACACAUGGUCUUCCCAAUGUCACUUUUUCUUGCGACUUCAAGAAGACAACAGCGAAGACAACAUGAGUGACAAAUGCAGUCAGUGCAACAAGCUUGUUCGCCCUUUACAGGAGGCAAUCCAGUGUGAUAGAUGUGAAAAGUGGCAACAUCGUACAUGUAACACAGGAAUAACAAGACAACUUUAUCGGAAAUAUCGUAGGGAACAGACAGAUUUUGACUGGACAUGUACAAAGUGCACGGAAGCUCCUGCCUCACCACCUGCCUCACCUCCUGCCUCACCACCAGCCUCACCUCCUGCCUCACCGCCUGCCUCACCACCAGCCUCACCACCAGCCUCACCUCCUGCCUCACCACCAGCCUCACCUCCUGCCUCACCGCCUGCCUCACCUCCUGCCUCACCUCCAGCCUCACCACCAGCCUCACCACCAGCCUCACCUCCUGCCUCACCGCCUGCCUCACCUCCUGCCUCACCACCAGCCUCACCUCCUGCCUCACCACCAGCCUCACCUCCUGCAUCACCACCUGCUGAGACAACAUUCCAUGUGUCAUUGGCCUCCAUGGACAGUUCCAUACAGAACAGAUCAACAACCAGGGGAGCGGGGAAUUUCCCCACCUAA